CAGAAGUGAUAAACGAAUGAGUGUGAAGCAACAAACAGCAUUAGAAACCACAGGGUUGAGAAUGAAAAGAAGGAGAGCCAGUUGUAAGAGUUCUGGUUGGACAGCACAUGGAUGGAUGUCACCUUGCACUGCGUUUUCUCUCCAACUGUUUGAUAAGAAGCGAAACAGUUCUGCUCCACUAGCGACAAGAACUGGAUACACUAAAAAAAAAGACCAUGACACUGCUUGGAUAUUAAAACGACUGCGCUUUAUCGGUUCUUUAGGAAAAAAAGUCAGCACUGGAUGGCAACCUAAUGGAACAGUGUGCCUUUAUUUGCACCGAGUUUGGAUAAUCUAUUUGUAACGACGUCUGAGGACCUCAGAGUGAAAAAGCAAGGAGUGACUUAAUGCUAUAGAGCAGAUCUUUAGUUCUGGACCAAUGACAGGAAAAUGAAUGACAACGAUUUUUCAUGUGGAAAUAAUACAAUAAAUGAUAUUAAAGAAUACCAGCGUUACACCUAUGCAAUCAUUUACACAGUAAUCCUGGUGCCAGGGUUGAUCAGUAAUGUUCUAGCGCUUUGGGUUUUCCAUGUGUAUGUGAAGGAAACAAAGAAAGCUGUGAUCUUCAUGAUCAACCUGGCCAUCGCUGAUCUACUCCAAGUACUUUCAUUACCUUUGCGUAUAUACUACUACCUGAACCAGUCCUGGCCCUUUGGUCAUGCUCUUUGCAUGUUUUGCUUCUAUCUGAAAUACGUCAACAUGUAUGCCAGCAUUUACUUUCUGGCAUGCAUAAGUGUAAGGCGCUGCUUGCUUAUCAUCUAUCCACUGCGAUACAAAGGGACAAAACGGCGCCGAGACCGCAUGUGGUGCGCAAUAGGUUGGCUUAUCGUGUGUUUUGGAUGUCUGCCCUUUCCAUUACUGAGAAAAAACGUAGUCUCCCUUAAAACCGGAACAUCUAACAUCUGCUUCUCAGAGCUAGACAUGGUAUCUUUAUCCAUGGCGAGUGGAGUGGCUGCUGUCACAAUGGCAGAACUCACUGGCUUCCUGUUACCUCUAGCAGUGGUCUUCACUUGUACGUGGUUAACUGCUGCAAGCCUGCGUGAAAAAAACUGCAUCCUUCAAGAUGCCGGAGAAAAGCGUAAAGCUCUCAAGAUGGUGCUGAGUUGUGCAGGUGUCUUUCUGGUCUGCUUCAUGCCCUAUCACAUCACCUUUCCUUUGGACUUUUUAGCAAAAUCGAAAAAGCCAAUGAACUGUGCGUUCAAGACUGCUAUUCAACGCUCCCAUCCCAUAACCUUAUGUCUGGCCAGUUUUAACUCCUGUCUGGACCCGGUAAUGUACUACUUCACCACCGAUGAGUUCAAGCGGCGACUCUCCAGGCCAGAGUUGGUAGAAAGUUUCCAUUUGCACCGCAGGAUGUCCGGCUCGCCAACUGAAGUGAAGGUACUGCAGGUUGAACAUGAAGGAGGAACAUGAAGACAUUUACAUUAUUUACUAUUGAAAUAGCGCUUGCUGUUAUCACUAACAUUGAGGGUUUUGAUCCUCAAAAAGACUGGAUAAAAAACAAUGUGAAUAAUCCCACGUUCAAGUUAUUUCCUUAUUCAUGGAAGACAAAAAAUGAACAACUACACAAAACCCAGUAAGGUUAUAUUGAAUAUAAAAAUAAUUUUAAAUAUUUAUGAAUAAAUGAGUUCAUAAUCUAAAAA